AUGGAUUUUCUGCUUCACCUAACGGGUCUCUAUGACCACGCUGGGCUGCAGAGCAGGUCCCCCCGGGAUCCCCGGGUCCUGGACAGGAUGCUGCCCUACCUGACAGCCUACUAUGGGAACCCCCACUCCAGGACCCCCGCCUACGGCGGGGAGAGCGAGGCUGCCAUGGAGAGGGCAAGGCAGCAAGUUGCAGAUUUAAUAGGAGCUGAUUCAAGGGAAAUUAUAUUUACCAGUGGUGCCACAGAGUCAAAUAACAUGGCAAUUAAGGGUGUUGCAAGGUUCUACAAAUCCAGGAAAAAGCACCUCAUCACUACCCAAACUGAGCACAAGUGUGUGCUGGACUCGUGCCGUGCCUUGGAGGCAGAAGGUUUCCGGGUCACUUAUCUACCUGUUAAAAAAAAUGGGCUCAUAGAUUUGAAGGAGCUGGAGGCUGCGUUCCAGCCAGACACGAGUUUGGUUUCUGUGAUGACUGUGAACAAUGAGAUUGGAGUGAAGCAGCCAGUGCGGGACAUCGGUGAGAUCUGCCGUGCACGGAAGGUUUUCUUCCACACAGAUGCUGCACAGGCCAUUGGUAAAAUUCCUAUGGAUGUCAACGACAUGAAAAUUGAUCUCAUGAGCAUCAGUGGCCACAAAAUUUAUGGGCCAAAAGGGGUUGGUGCCAUCUACGUUCGCCGUCGACCGCGCGUCAGGCUGGAGCCCCUGCAGAGUGGGGGAGGGCAGGAGAGGGGGCUGCGCUCGGGGACUGUGCCCACCCCUCUGGCUGUGGGCCUGGGGGCAGCCUGUGAAGUGGCACAGCAAGAGAUGGAGUAUGACCAUAAGAGAAUCUCACAACUGGCAGAACGACUGGUUACAAAAAUAAUGAGUGAAGUUCCUGAUGUGGUUAUGAAUGGAGACAGAGAGCAUCGCUAUCCAGGAUGCAUCAAUUUAUCCUUUGCAUAUGUGGAAGGGGAGAGUCUUCUGAUGGCUCUGAAAGAUGUGGCUCUGUCUUCAGGAAGUGCCUGCACGUCAGCUUCCCUGGAGCCUUCCUACGUCCUGCGCGCCAUCGGGACGGACGAAGACUUGGCUCACUCCUCCAUCAGGUUUGGCAUUGGUCGUUUCACUACAGAAGAAGAAGUGGAUUAUACGGUGCAGAAGUGCAUCCAGCAUGUUAAGAGGCUGAGAGAAAUGAGCCCCCUCUGGGAAAUGGUGCAGGAUGGAAUCGACCUCAAAAGCAUUAAAUGGACUCAGCACUGA